AUCAGAGAGGAGAAACGAGACAUUUUGAAGGUCGGUCUGAGUCGAGGUUAGAUUGUGCUGAAUAUCAUCUCUCCUGUCCUCUUACCGUCAUAGUGUUCAGUCGGAGAACAGGUGCGGGACUGAAGACGUUACGUUGUAUUGACAGCAUCAGCGUUAAAACGAAUUGGAAAAAUUAAUGGAGACUGGUCGUGUUCGCCGGUUUACUGCGGCUCAACUAGGGACACAUCAUAUUAAGGAGUCCAAACAGGUUCCACUGGAGGCUUUACUGGACGGACAGUAUCACACUGCAUUUUGGACUACUCCGUAUUGAGAUGGAAUGGAACUUAGGUGUCGUUUUUACACGUUGCGUGUUUUGCAGGAGCUAAUUACCCAGUUUAAUUUGGCCAUUAAAUGUACUGUGUAUUGAGUCAUGUGUCUGCGUUCAACACGUUGCCUGAGAGCGAGGCUGGAAUCCACAAAUUAGGAUGAUGCCUCCUGGUCAAAACUACAUGGUGUCCUCCUUGUUUCCUCGUCCCGUCUUCAGAGUUCAACCGUCUAGCCAGCAGACUGAGCGCUCCUGAGCACUGUCGUGACCCUCCCCUUGUUUGGCUUUUCCUGGCUGACGUCCCAGGGAGGUGAUGCGACGGUUUGUCUACUGUAAGGUGGUGCUGACCACCUCUUUAGUGUGGGUGCUGGUGGAUGUGUUCUUGCUGCUCUACUUCAGCGAGUGCAAUAAAUGUGAUGAAAGGAAAGACCGCUCGCUGCUCCCUGCUCUGCGAGCUGUGAUAUCUCGGAGCCAUGAGGGUCCAGGGGAGAUGGGCAAAGCAGUGAAUGUCCCCAAGGAUGACCAGGAGAAAAUGAAGGAGCUCUUUAAGAUUAACCAGUUCAAUCUAAUGGCCAGCGAUAUAAUCGCACUUAACAGGAGUCUACCGGAUGUGAGGUUGGAUGGCUGUAAGACCAAGCUGUAUCCAGAUGACCUGCCAAACACCAGCAUUGUCAUUGUGUUUCACAACGAGGCUUGGAGCACCUUGCUGCGGACAGUUCACAGUGUCAUCAACCGCUCUCCCAGACACCUGCUAAUGGAGGUCGUGCUAGUCGACGAUGCCAGCGAGCGAGACUUCCUGCAGAAGAAACUGGAGAACUAUGUGCGGACUCUGGAGGUGCCAGUGAGGAUCUUGAGGAUGGAGCAGCGAUCAGGUCUAAUCAGAGCCAGGUUGAGGGGGGCAGCCGCCACCAAAGGUCAGGUCAUCACCUUCCUGGACGCUCACUGCGAGUGUACUGUUGGUUGGCUGGAGCCCCUGCUGGCACGCAUCAAAGAAGACAGGACAUCAGUGGUGUGCCCUAUCAUCGAUGUCAUCAGUGACGAGACGUUUGAAUACAUGGCAGGCUCAGAUAUGACCUAUGGUGGAUUCAACUGGAAGCUGAAUUUUCGCUGGUACCCUGUUCCUCAGCGGGAGAUGGAUCGACGCAAGGGGGACAGAACACUUCCUGUCAGGACUCCCACCAUGGCAGGAGGAUUAUUCUCCAUAGACAAAACAUACUUUGAAGAAAUAGGAAGCUACGAUCCAGGGAUGGAUAUCUGGGGCGGAGAGAACCUGGAAAUGUCUUUUCGAGUGAUGCGAGGCUCAUUGGAAAUUGUAACAUGUUCGCACGUGGGCCACGUUUUCGGAAGGCCACCCCGACGUUCCCGAGGAACGGGCCAGUCUCACAAGAACACAGCGCCUGGCUGAAGUCUGGUGGAUGAUUUCACAGGAUUCUUCUACAUUUUGUCUGCAGGUGUUAUGCGCGUGGACUACGGAGACGUUUCUUCCCGCAAAGACCUCCGCGAGGCCUUGAAGUGCAAAUCGUUCUCUUGGUAUCUAGAGAACAUCUACCCAGACUCCCAGAUCCCGAGAAGAUACUACUCACUUGGUGAAAUCAGAAAUGUUGAGACCAACCAGUGUGUGGAUAACAUGGGAAGAAAAGAGAACGAGAAAGUUGGCUUUUUCAACUGUCACGGAAUGGGUGGAAACCAGGUGUUUUCUUACACGGCGGAUAAAGAAAUUAGGACAGACGACCUCUGUCUGGACGUUUCUCGCAUCAACGGACCCGUCGUCAUGCUCAAGUGUCAUCACAUGAAGGGCAAUCAGAUGUUCGAGUACGAUGCCGAGUAUGUUGGCAAGUGGGAAUAUGAUUUUGAGAAGCACACCUUCCUCCACAUCAUCACCCAAUCAUGUCUGACCAUCAACCGUCUGGACGACGGCACCUACGGCCCCACAGUGCAGUACUGUGACAACAGUCCCUUACAGGCCUGGGUCCUCCACAACUACACACGUCUGGACGUUGCAAGACGCUUUUACUUCAGUCCCACUGAUUAUUCACUCUAAGCUCUUGGGUCUGAGCGACUCACUCUGCUGCAUGUGAACAGCAACCAGUGUUUGGACAUGCCUUCUGAGGAGGACAAGAUGGUCCCCACCUUGAGAGACUGCAAUGGCAGCCGCGCCCAGCAGUGGCUGCUCCGUAACAUGACCUUAAGCGUCUGAUCCUUCGCCUCAUCUCUCUCUCCACCACCGCUCUAUCCUCAUCCUAACCGGUUCUGGUUCUCAACACCCUUGCCAGGUGGUUCCCACAGCACACCAUACGCCUCUUCCUGUAACAGCCUGUCCAGCGAAUACAGAGAUCCAGGCAGCAGCGGCUUAUCUUCCAUUAUGAAGGCCGUCUCUUUUUACAGCUCGCCACUGGUUUGAGAGAAGCUGCACCUGCCGUCCAGGCGGCACAACAAGCUGUGGCUUUGGGGACCUUGUCAUGUCUGAGCAGGGAGAACGUUGUGUGAGGUCUGUGCAAGGAGAACAUUGAAAUCAAAACACUCACACUGUGUCAGCCAGCUGCUAGCCGUGCAUCCACUGUGCUGCUUAGACUGCUGCUUAGCUGCUGGACAAACCAAACAAAUAAACAGAAGAGCAUUUAUAAGAAUAUUGCGAGGCAUGUCUCUGCGAUGGUCUGCAAUCUAAAAACAAGACUGUUGUCAUGACUGCUGCUCAUCCUCUCUCCAUAUCAGUGUCUCAGUUAUAUUCAAACAACAGGAAGUGAAUAGAGCCUGACCAAUACUGGAUCUGUGAAGCCGAUACCAAUAUUCAUAUUUCAGGGUUAAAACAUUUGAUAAUUGGUUUUGAAGUCAAACUGAAAUUCAAAUUCUUAUCACUUUUGGUGUAGGGAAAUGUAAACUAUAAUGAUAUUUCAGCUGUUGUGUAUAUUUUUCCAGUAUUUAAAAAGAGAAUUAAGCACUGCAAACAUUUGUAGAAACAGUAUCCAAGCGUGGAGCCUCUUGGUGGGUUUCUAACCCUAGCUGGUGAAUGAUAUUUGAGAGGCUGUGUUGCACCGUCAGCGUCAGUUCUGUGGUGCGCUGCUGACUGAGGAACGUCAUUAUGGUUUCAAUAUCUUUUUACAAGCCUUAAGGAUUUUAGUGCUCUGUCAGACCUAUUUUUUUGAUAGUAAGAAACCAAAUAAAUACAAAAUUAAAACAAACACAAAGGAUAUAUGUAUGUGGAAAUAAAUAAAUAAAUAACUAUAUAUAUAAUAUAUACACACACACACACUAUCAUAAUUCCUCAAAUUUGACUAUUAGAGAACAUAAUUUAGGCAUUUACAAGUUUUAACUAUUGGUUCUCUCUGAUGGACAAACUAUGUAAUGGACACUUGAUUAUAUUAAAAUACUUGAAACGUAUCUUUGGAGUUUCUUGUUUCCAGCUGAUGUUAAGGCAGAUAAUAUAUCUGUGAUAAGUUGAUCUGCCAAUUUAUUGUUGCGCUCUAGUUGUUAAGGUGGAUUUCUUGAGAUUCUAACCUGAAGACUUCAAAACCAUUUUCAUAUAUAUAAUAUAUAUAUAUAUAAUAUAUAUAUAUAUAUAUUAUAUAUAAAAAUGAAUAGAACAUCCUCCCGUAUCAUUCGUCUUUGGCUCUGUAUGAAAGUUUAUUUAUAAUAGGCUUUUUGAAGAAAUGAAAAAAGUGUUUGAGGGAAAGGAAGGAGCAUGUAAUCGAAUCAAAACUCUGCUAUUGAUUUUAAAUGAAUGUAGGAGUUUUCCCUAAAUGAUUACGACUGUGUUCAGAAAUACAUUAACUGCACUGUGUCAUCACGGAUAUCCGAGAGCCUCAUUACUAACGUUUCUGCGAGAUUUCAAAUUCCUACUACCAAUGUCUUUAAAAAGUAAUGAUGUCUUGGAGCCGGAUAGUUACGUGUGCCUUUAGAAAGUUGUUUAUUUAGAAUGUUUUUGGUGUUUAAAAAGAAGAAUGUUCUUUUUUUUUUUUUUGUCUUCUCCUUUUGAUUAAAAACAAACUGCGUAUUGAUAAUAAAUAAUUGUCAUAUCUCAUGAAUAUGUCACAGUCAUAUUAAUGCUUCAUCAAACACUUUGUUACAGUGAACUCAACAUUCAGUUUACAACACUCACCAAUGCAAAUGUGACAGGCACUUUUCAUUGUUCAUCAGGCAACAAAUGUUAUUACACAUAAUGCUGUUAACAUGUUUCUAUCACCGUUGUUGUUGUUGUACAUACAGAACCAAUUAUUUUUCUAUGAUGCUGUAAAACUUGAACACUGAGAAAAAAAAAAUUGAAUGGUUGAAAGAUCACGAGGUUCAGUAUUGUAGUUUUAUUUGGAAUUGUGGUAAUAAAAACCAGUGCUUACCUUGGGUUUUAAAAUUGCGGUGUGUUUUGGAAAUCAUCCUCGGCCCCACGUAACCAAUCCUCAGACCACCUUAAGGAAGUGCUAAGUGCCUGCUCGGCAUUCAGACUACAGUUCAAUCCCCCCUUUCAUACUAUCCACACACAUUUAUUGUUUUUCAUUAUCUUAAAGUGCAAGGUGUUAAAAUAGGAAUCUAAUACUUCAAUGUAUUUCUUGCAAAGUGAUGUUACCUGUUUGUACAAAUUGCCCUUUUUUUUGCUGAUAAAAAAAAACAAGUUUGACUGAACAUAGAUUUAGCAUUAAUUUCAAUGUCAAGCAAGCACAUCAUACCUUUACAUCAGUUGUUUAAUAAACCUUGUUGUUGAAGCUUU